AGUGAACGGGAGAAACUUCAACAACAACAACUCACAAGCGCAACGCAAUACGUACCUCUAACAUCAUUUUACUACACUCCAGUAGAAAUUUCAUUUGAAACAGUUAACCGCACUCGCAGGACUCGAAAAUAUACCUAGCGGUGUUCUGUGCGUCUGUUAUCGAAACCAGCGAACGAGUCGAUCUCGAUCUGAACAGGUGUUCGUUCAAAAGGACCUACUUUCAGUUUAUACGGUAGUGAAAAUCCCGAAAUUUCGCUUUGAUGAUGACGGAAACGGUGGUGAAUGUUGAGCAAGUACCCGCGAACAACAAUGCGAAUAAAACAACUGCACAGGGUGGCCCGCAACCGAACAGGUUCGGCUGGAUACAGAUGAAUGUUGACUAUUUCAAGACCACACCAGGAAUAUUGAAAUUAGCGGAAUUUAUACUAGGCAUCCUAUGUAUGUCUCUUGCCACUCCUGGGUACACUGGAACUGGAUUUUUCCUGUUCGUUGUGGUAGCAGCAUUCAUCCUCACAUUAUUAUGGAUUUUUGUUUACUUCUUGGGAGUUAGAGAAGCAUUCGAGUUUCCAAUCAACUGGAUUCUAACAGAAUUCUUGAACACAGGUGUUGUCAGCUUAUUAUAUUUUUUGGCUUUCAUCAUUCAGUUGAUAACUUGGUCUUCAAGAUAUCAUUAUAAAGGAGUCAACAUUGCAGCAGGGAUAUUUGGUAUGAUCAACACUGGUGUCUAUGCAUUUGCCACUUAUCUUCUCCACUUAGAAUGGAAAAACAGGAACUGAAAAUAAUUCAAUAUUGGAAGAAACUAUUUUCUGUAAAUAAGAAUGAAUCAACGACAGAUAUCAUCUAAGUUCAGUCUUACAGAACUAAU